UGUGCAGUAAUUGAUGCGGAAAAUGCUGAAUAUGGAAAUUAAUAAUACAUUUCCACACGAUUUUUGGCUAUGUGGAGGCAAGCUAUGACCGGAAGUGUAUCCACAUAGCUUUUCGAACUCUCAGAAAAUGAUUUAUUUUCAUUUUCGCAAGCCGAACAACCAUCACAGAAUGGACAACUUGUUCCUGUAGUUACAGUAUCACUUUAUACCUCUGCAACUCUACAAUUGUGUAGUAAUUGAUGCGGAAAUGCUGAAUAUGGAAAUUAAUACUACAUUUCCACGUGAUUAUGGCUAUGUGGAGGCAAGCUAUGACCGGAAGUGUAUCCACAAAGCUUUUCGAGCUCUCAGAAAAUUAUUUAUUUUUUAUUUUUUGCCCAUUAUUUAUUCUCUCCAUAUCCCCUCGGAAACUCGAGCGUGAAGACAACACAGCAAACAACAGCGAACUCCAAUUCGAAUUCCAAAUUGGCCUGCCCCCUUAGACGCAGCAUUACGGUACUCACGAGCUAUGGUUGCCGUGGCAACUCCUCUUUGCUUUGCUCACUGACACAUAAAAGGAGCGUCUGUUUCCAAAACAGGACAUUAUGGAUGCGCUCCAAAAGGACCAGAGUCCACCUCUUUCCAUUGAGGGGACCGAGCAAGGUCCUACGGAAUCGAGAGCCUCGGAUGAAGCUAUCACAUUCAUGUCCAGCAUUGAGCCAUUAGAGCUGCCGAAGUGCGUGUUUGCUGACUCUCUGGUGACCGUGUCGGAAGGUGGUCGAGAUUUGGGGAGGUUCUGCGUGACCGUGGAGUUCGCCCGCAAGGCCAGGCAGCCUUGUAUGUUGCUCCAUGCACAAAGCCAGGGGGCCAUCGACGACUCCCCCUGUGGAACAACAGUGACAGCCUACCUGACUGCUGACCUCGAAGUUCUGGAGGAAGACUACCACGAGUAUGUCAAGCUUAAAGGGCACAUUGUGGAUAAGCGCUGUCACAUGGUGCAGCGAAAUGGAAAGAUGGUGAUUGAUAAAGUCACCACUGCUGGAAAGGAGGUGACAAAGGAGAGUGCUUCCUAUUCCAUGUCAGUCCUCAGAGGGCUUGUAACCGAGGGUUCCAACCUCCUGCUCAUGCGUCUUAUUGCUUUGAGGAAGAAAGUGCCAGAACACAUGAACUGCAUCUCAUUUGACCAGAAAUUACGCAUCAUCCGCACUACUUUUCAAGAGCUGGAACAGAAGCCGAUGGAGAUUGAGGGUGAAACUGUGGAGGUAUUCGGUGUGGAGCGGACAAUUCAUUCCGUGGAUGACAGCCCUAUAAUAUGGCAGUGCUGCUUUCUGUCUGAUGGGCAUCUUGCUAGCAGAGUGCAGGUGGGAUCUCCCAUCAUGAUGAGGCUCCUGCAGCUGCCGUCACAGAAAGAAGAAGAGUUUGGCAAAAUCUCGCUAGUAUGGGAAGAAGACAUACAGAUGCGCUCCAAGUUCUUGGACAGAAAGGAAGAGCUUAAAGCUGACCAUGCCUCAUACUUGAGAGAGCAUCCAGAGAUCCGUGCCCUCAUUUCUGACUUCCUGCAGUUCCUGCUAUUAAAGAAACCAGAUGAUGUCUUCCAAUUUACCAGAGAAUACUUCCUACCCUUCACUCCUCACAGUACCUCAGGCACAAGUCUAGACACUUCAUCACAAUGAAAUCUCACCUCCUGAAAAUCACUUUUAUAAAGCCGAUAUUCACUAUUCACAUGCAGCUUACAUGUAGAGUUUUAAUUUAUAUCAACAGUGAUAGAGGAACCAAUGAUAUGAGUGUGAAUUAAAGCUUGUUUCACAUUGCACAUGUUGACUCACUUUAAUAAAUCACUAUCAU